AUGGUUUCAAAAUUCACGCGAGCUGCUACUGCAGCAGCAAGAAGAGCGGCUGCACGCAUGCGUGCGGCCGCGGAAUGUGCCUCUCACGCCUCAGCAGAAGGUGAUUCGUCGCCUGUUGUCGUGAAUCCUACACGUGGUGAGUCACCACGUGCGUCAGGUACGUUCGUUGCGUCUGCAGUGGGUACCUCGGGUCGUAACCAAGACGAUUCUGAGAUAGAGCUCAUUGUUUUUGGCGAGUCGGAUGAUGCAUCCGACUCGAAGGCGACUCCUCACGCCUCGGAAUCACCCGGGCGAACUCUGCAAGAGCCAAGUUGA